AUGCCGGAGGACAUUGGAUGGUCCCAAUGGUCGAGGUUCAUUGCAGUGUUUCGCGGCAUCGAUGAUGAAGAUGUAGCAAAGAGGUAUUGGUACGGCCAGCUCCGCCUCACACGACUGAACUGGGUCCUGCGUAUCCUCAGCCCCAGAAGUGGUGCAAAUGGCUGGUUCUACCACGAGCCUCACUGGUCCACAAUACCCUACAUGCGACGCGCCGUAGUGCCAUUGGUUUUCAUGUUCGCGGGUAUAUACCUUAUGCUGUCCUCGAUGCAAGUCAUGCUCGCGGUUCCCAGUGACAGCCUCCUGAGCCUCGGAGGAGCUAGCACGGGGGAACUAGAAAAAAUGCAAGUCAUAUUCUGGGGGUUUUUAUUGGCAACAGUGUUCUUUUCCAGUGUGUCACUGGCUUUGUUGAUUCUUAUUCCCUUAAUCGUCAUCGUCUGUCAGUUGUCUUGGGCGAUUAGGCAUAAGCCAGAGAAACUAAGAAUCGGUGGACCCCCAGGCGUAACAGCGUAA